AGAACUGUAGUUUAUUAUUGUGUUAACACUAAUAGACAACGAUUGUCAUCGCUGUAAUUGCUUAAGGUAAUUCUGUCAUGUCCGCAUGAAAACAUCCGAUGGGUCGAAAAUCAUUAUGGAAAUCUUUGUUUUCCAAAAAUAAAUCAGUGGAUGACAGAAGUACUGAGCCAAGUUCCACUACUUCAAAUUCGGAAUCGCGAAUAAUCGAGGAACAAACUGGAAACAAUGAAGAUCCUAAAUCUAGGGUGGAAAGUAAUAACGAUGACAAAACUGCCGAAAAAGAAAGGUCAAUUUCCGUAAAUUAUCCCGUAGAAGGUAAGAAAAACAUUCAAAAAGUGGUAGAAGUUCCAGCAGAAACGUUUAUACUACGCAAAAUAGAAAAAUCUGAAGCUACAUUAAAUACUCAAAUUGCCACUGUAAAUACAAUAACUAUUUUGGAACCCGAGAUUAUAUCUUUAGAAAAAACAGAAAUUAAUGAAGAAGAAAAGAAACGUAGAGCUGCCGAAGACUUAAAGAAGAAAUUAAAGUUAGGGCUGUUUGGUGGCGAUAGCGCAGCCAUUGCAUUGCUGUAUGACAGUGCCACAGGUAGAAACAAAUGUAGCAUGAAAUCUGACGUAAAUGAAAAUGAUGCAAAAAUAACAGAACAGCAUGAAAAUAUUUGUUGUACUACAAAAGAAGGAUGUGUAAUGUCCACUUCGUCUCGUAUUGACAACAUGCUGUCACCUCGAGACAAGACGAGACAAGAUUAAACCAAACAAAAUAUAUGAACCAUUUAUUUCAACACAGAUAUUUGCAUACGCGUAACCACGUUGAGGAUAAAGGUGACUGGACGAUCCGUUCUUCGCGAAAUUCUGUAAAGAACGACGACAAGACAAGACGUAAUUUGCUGGUGUUCUGUGUACAGAAAGUAUUAAGAAUCAUGAAUAAUUCUACGACAGUAUCUAGUGAAAUAAAAACUGUGUUGGUAGAUGCAACAAAAGUGACUCUCGAUGAAACAGUUCAGAGCGUAUUAAGUGUUUUCGAUGACGUUCGAGUUAAUUCCAACGUGACAAUGGAUGUUUACACGAUUCGAGUAUCUGACAUCGUCUGUCUUUCUAUUUGCUUCUUGAUAAUUCCUAUUAUCUAUCUCAUUGGACACGUAUGUGUGCGUAAAACAACGAAAGACGUUGGAAGCUUUCUGCAAUUUACUGGUUUUAUUUAUUCCUUCACAAUAUUCUUGUACAUUCUAAGCUGGUCUAAUGUGAAUUUGGAUGUCUUCAUGAAAAAUAAUGCAUAGUGUGGAAGAAGGAAGCUAAUCUUGACGUUCGUUCUUCGAAAAAUUAUUCGAAUUGAACUGUUUCACUUCGAUUUAUGUACUGGGACAUCUAGUAAUUUUAAUGACGUAUAUUUAUAUUAGAAUUCCUUUUAACAUUUUAAUGUAAUUUUUAAAAAGAAAUGUAUAAAAAUGCUUGUCUAAUUUUGCUGUUUAGAGCGAAAAAACAUUAAUAAAAAAUAUUUCAGAUAAA